AUGCUUGAGUGCUUCUUUCUCAAAAGUGCACCUGCAACCUUUACCUUAUCAACUCAUCUUGCAGCUUGCAGUCUUGGAAGAUGUCUACUGCUAACAAGUUUAUCUCGCCAUUUAUUGAAGGAGAGGACACUCAGGUGCUCGACAACUCCAACAGUUUUCAGCCCACCCUUCCAAGCAUGGAGGACUCCCUUGUCGAUGAUUUCCUCCCUGAAGCAACCACUAAGCCCAGUCUAGAUGACUCUCUUGGUGCAGACGACUACACCCAGCUACCCGCAGAGCAAGCAGCCCUAUCUCCUGAGCUAAUGUCACUGUCUGAUUCAGGCCUUACAUCUGCAGCCACUGAGACUGUAGGCAACAAAGAUUCGAGCCCUGUAGCUUUGAAUGAUUCGCUUGUGGAUGAGACUCAACUACCAGAGGACUUUGUUGCAGUGGAUGAUGAUGAGACUCAACUAACAGAGGGCUGUGUUACAGUGGAUAAUGACCAACCUUGUCUGAAUGAUUCCCUCAAUAUGGAGGUAACCUCUCCUGGACUAUCUGAUCAUGAGGCAACUAUACCUGAGGCCACACCUGAGGCCAUACCUGGAGGGGGUACAGUUUUUCCAGUCGUGAAUGUGCAACAGGCCUCAACAAAAGACGAUUUGAUUUCACCGUCUGCUGCAAUUUUUGGACCCUCGGACGAAAAUCUCUCAACUACUCCAGUUAAAACUGAUGCAAAGGCAGACAAAGAAAGUGUUUCAAGCGAGCGAAAUGAACACAAAAAGGUCCGACCUUCAUUUGGCAAGAAGAAAAAAUCGUUUAUUCCGCCAACCUCCAAAUCGGUGUCUCCACAAUCAAACCCUGAGGAGAGUUCAGGAGAGCCUCAACCAUCCCCCUGUAGUGGUAGUAAGACUGUAAAGAAGCCCACUGUCUCAAAGCCUCAGCCAAAACUGCAAGAAUGCAUUAACAAGGAGACUACGGUAAAACCAGACUCGGCUGAAACUAAGACCAAACCUGCUCCAAAGAAAACCAAGGUGAAGAAAUCAACUGAAAAGAAGGAAGGAAAAAAUUCAGGCUCAGCUGAUAAGGAGAACAUACCACCACUUGAGUUGAAACUACCUCUGAAAGCCCUUACUAGCAAAUCUGUAUCCACUAAACCAGUGGAGUCUACGAAAGCUGCUGCAAAGGAAGAACGAGAGAAGAAACGUCUUGAGAGGGAAAAGGCCAAACUAGAAAAGGAGGAGGCCAAACGAGAGAAGGAGAGACUCAAAAUGGAGACCAAACUUGAGCAAGAGAGAAAGAAAGCCGAGAGAGAGCAAAAAAAGAUGGAAAAGGAACUGAAAAAAAUGGAGAAACUUCAAGCCAGUGUGGCUAAAACAAAAUUGAACUCUCAACCUCCCAAAUCACCCAACACUGACAAAAGCGACCAACCUCCAACAAAAAAGGAUGACCCUCAAAAUACAGCUAACAUUGAAAUGCCGGAAAAUGCAACUGCUACUGUUCCGAUCAACAGCACACCCGACGAUACUAGCCAACCUAAUAUGCCAAAAGCUGACAAAAACGAUGCAACAAAAGUGUCGCCAGUAACUAGCACAGCUGAAGACAAUGUGGUACCCAAAGACGAUGAAUAUCAUCUACCUGAAAAGAAUGACAUCCAAACGUCCGAGGAACCUGAGAACUGUAGUAAGACUAUCGAGGCCAAACAAAUCCCCGUUAAGCCUAAGAAAAGAAAACAAGUGUGUGAUAGUAACAAAACAGCAAAGAAAUUCAAGCCUGAUUUCAGUGCUGCCUCUAAACCAUCGCAAUCCACUGCCAUUGUUCCAAAACCCAAGAAAUCGAGGCCUUCAAAACGGACGAAAACUGACGCCUCUAAACCUGCCAACUAUUCAGGCCCAGUGUGGGUACAAUGUGAUGAUUGUAACAAGUGGCGUAGAUUGACCACCAUCGGCGAUCCCUGUCUAGUACCUGACCUUUGGACCUGCUCCAUGAACGAGGACCCUGGGCAUGCUCAGUGUGACACUCCAGAGGAGGGAUGGUCUGAUCUAGGAGAGAGUCAAGAGUUUGUGGAGUCUCCCUUCAUCCCUGGGUCCCUAGUCUGGGCCAAGAUGGACGGCUAUCCUUGGUGGCCUGCCAUGGUUGAGGAAGACCCCAAUGAGGAGGCCUACUAUGAGAUGGGCAGGCCAAGCAAUCCUGUUCCAGUGAGGUACCAUGUUGUGUUUCUGGAUACCCCAGUGUGUCGAGCCUGGGUACACUGUCAGAGUGUUCGGACAUUUGAUCACUCAGCAGAUCCCAAUCAAGAGAAUAGAGUGAAUGUUGCUAAGAAAUACCAUCGUAGUUUGAAGAUGGCCACUAAGCAGGCUUCCAAAGCACUCAGCUCUUCAUUCCAGGAGCGACUGGAGAGAUUCUCAUUCUCACAGAGAUUUAGAAAGGGCAACAGGAAAAGAAAAGCAGCUCUUGUAGAGGAAGAUUGUGUGGAUAAUCAAAAAGAAGUCCAAACUACUACAAAAUCUAGAAAACGCAAAUCUGCUCAUUUCUCAGUGGAUAGGGACCAGUCAACCGCCAGCCCCACCCCACCUGACCCAGUGGACUCAGUCACAAUGGAUGAUGAUACAAAGGUCUCUAAUGUGCAGGAUAACCUGGAUACCUCAAGUGAGCAAGAGGGGAAGAUGGCUACUAACGAACCAAGCAAACCAAAGCAGUGCAUGGCUGAGGAAUAAACUAACAGACAAUUAUUAGUACGGCAGUCUUCAGUCUGUGUAUCACUUGUUACAUCAUUCAACAACAUAAUAGAGUCAUUCAUCACUUCAAUAUUACUGUCUUAUGAUUUUUAUCAUUAUCAGUACCUUCAACAUUAAUUUCAAUUUAAAGUGUUUAACAAUAAUAAAUAAU